AUGCCGCUCGUAAUCUCCUCCCUCUCCGCCUGCUUCCGGUUCAAAUUUCGCCAAGAUCCGCCUCAGCGCUUCUUUAUGAACUUCGUCUCAAUGUCGUCGAUUCAAAUCCUAACCUCCUACUCCGAUUCGUCUUCGUCCUCCUAUCUUCAUCGUUUCGAACACGCCACUCAUGACCUUCGUAUCUCUGCCGUAAUUGCGAUUUCGCCUUGUUCGCGAAGCCAACUCCGACGGUUCUUGAGAGACGUUGAAAUCCAGAAAACCAGAGAGAAUUUGCAGAAGAAGAGUUUCAAUUUGAAGACGAUGAUGAGCGGCUUGCAGAAAGUGAAGAGAGAGUUUUCUUGUGCAGGUUUUAUGAGGUGUGCUUUUAAUCGAAAUAAAUUCCCUGAGUCACUAUUACGCAAGAGGAAUACUUUUGAAUUCACAAGGAAACACUUGCAUAACAUUAUAGGAGCUACAACGGCUAACAGUAAAGGACUUGAAGUUUCUGCAUAA